AUGUCAAAGACAGAGAGGCUUUAUCAGCUAGAAAGACCUCCAUUCACUUCUGUAAGUGUAAUAUUUUGACUUUUUGUUCUCGUUUCAGCUUCUUGCACGGGCGAAUUAAAAUGCAUGAGCUCACUUGUAAUAAAUGAGGGUUUGUACAACGAAAAGUAAAGUUUGCUUAUUUUCUGACAUUAGUUUCUUGAUUUCAUUAACAGAGAGACUUUCAUGCCAGAUUUACACAUCUUGCGGGUCCUUUAAGUCUCUUUGAACCAGAGGAAAACACAGGUACAUGUUAGUGAGACUUGGAGCUUUGCAUUGUAACUGAGUUACCCCUCAUUACAUUGGUUGUUGAUUAUUAAAGUGGCAUUACAGCUGUAACUUUAGAGAGAAUUUAUAGCAUACAUACAUACUUUAUUCAGGCUAUUAACUUUAUUUUGACUGAUACGUGUUAUAAUUUUAUAGCCUUAAAUUAUUCACUGAAGUUUUUACUUAUGAGGGACAUAAUUUAUGAAUAAAAGCCAUGCUUUACAUUACUAAUGUUAAACAUAAGCUUCUUUUAAGUCUCUCUAAAAAAAUCACCUUGUCUCCAUGCAGAGAGGGUUGAGGGAGGGAGGGGGAGAGGGUCUCUCAGGAGGGUUGUGCAUGUCCUUUGUCUGAAUUUGAAAACUUAUUCUUUCACUUGUUUGGAGAAGAUCUCAUAUCCAUCUUGCAAUUUUAAUGCUUUAUUUGUGAGUGUCUUUGUCACUGUCCCAUCUUUGUGUUUUUGUCAUCAUCUCUCAGGCUAAUGUUGCUGUUUCAAGGCCAUGUUCCUUAUCAGUAUUUUACCCUGACAGAACUGCCACCUGUUUUAAGCUCAGUUGGGAGAGUGCCGGACUCUGCUGAGCGGGAGGUUGUGGGUUCGAACACCGGCCAGACGAGCCCUCAGGGUCUUUAAAUAACUGAGAAGAAAAUACUGCCUUUGUAAUGACAUCCGUAGCCUGCGAAAACAUCCGUUUCUCCUCGCUGUUCGCCAAUGGGGACAUUUCGCGGAGAGGAACGUCUGCGACUCAGCGACAGAAAUUCUGUCAUUCGUAAGCAAGAGCUAAAACAGUGUAACUACUCCGUCGACCAAUCAGCACUUUUGACCGGAUUCCAGACAGAUUUUACGUCAUCAGUAAACGCGAAGAAUCUCUAACAAAACAGUCCAUAUUUGUGGAAUAUAGUCUUCUCUAGAAGAAGCGUUUGAGUUUUGCUGGAGCUCGUUGGCAGAUGAACACAACACUUUACCAAAAUCGACCAGAAGACAUGUAAAAUUGGACAAAUUUAUAUUUAAAAACCCAUGACUACUGGAUUUGUUAUGUAAACGUUGGUGUGCGUAAUCAGUAUGGAAUUUCUGCAGCAGAGUCGCAGACGUCCCUUCUCAUGAAAUGUCCCCGGCGGCAAAGAGCGAGGAGAAACGGAUGUUUUCACAGGCUAUGACAUCUGCAAACAGUUAGACUUUCUUCUCAGAUAAGGACAAGGAACUGUAGGUCCUGUCUCACUUAUCUGUUCUUGUGGGACAUAAAAGAAUUAACCCACACCGCUGUUCGAAAAGAGUAGGGGACGUAGACCCUUGUGGUGUGGCCAACCUUCACACUUCAUUCACAUCAUGGGUUGGGUGGUUACAGUAAACUCAUAAAUGAACUGAUAGUUGCUGCGAGUGGUACUUUUGAAUGCUGGCAUCUGAGCUUACUGUUAACAUGUUAAUAUAUAUUGUAAAGAGGGCACGUCUGUUGUCCUCCCACCCAUGUCUCCUUCCAUCACUCCUCAAUCCUUACUCCUUGCUUGUUUGCACUCUCUCCCUGCAGAGGCUCCUGCAAGGUAUUCCCAUAAAAAAUAGAAAUAAGUGAAAAUAUUCUGGCACAAAAUUUCUUUUUCCCUCUCCCCAAACUCCCUAAAACACAAAGAGCCAGGGCUCUAUGGAGGAGAGAGUCAUUUGCAUGAAUUUUUUAAGCCCACAGAAUGGUUUUUGUCUGGAUUUGCUGGCGCCAUUUACAGGUUCAGGACAAUGGACUCCUUACAUGUCUUUUAGAGAACAGCCUAGUUAAAAUAAAAAAAGAUUACCUAAAUAGAACACUUUCAUCACUAACUUAAAAUAAUACUGUCAAAUUCAACAGAUGUUGGCAAUGACAACCCUGAAGUUGAAAGACCACUCACUCCCAUUGAGGUAAUUUACAUUCUACAACUGCAUGUAGCUAGGAGAAUUCAUAAAUUAAAAGCAAAAUUACUCCCCUUGUUACGUCAGUUCAGGAUUUGAUGUACCAAUACAAAGAGAUGGUGUGAAUCCCGGCUAGACCAGGAGGGCUGUGCAAGUUAACCUUGUCUCUAAGUUCAGGAUUAAAUUAUUCAAAGGAUAUUAUUAGCAGAAAAUUAAUCUUCACUUCACCAAGUCUUCACUUUCAGCCCGAACAAAUUUACAGUAUAUUUAUUCAUUUUUUUUUAGGAUGCAGUUAAAUGUCCUCCAUCAUCAUUCAGUGCCCUUGCCAAGAUUCUACGUCCAAGGUUAUCACCAAAAGAUGGAAUACAUGGACUGACAUCUAAUGACCAGCAGCAACUGGUAGGCCCACAACCUGACUCCAUAAUUAUAUAGUACACAUUGUUGAGGAGAAAAGGUUCUAUUUUUGAAUGUGAACUCUGUACCUUCCUUUUUGUUGAUCAGGUACAUGUAUUCCCAUAAUGUACCUUAAGUUCCUUUUUAGUUAACCUUUUUUCACCAAUUUUUUUCCAUGAAGAAAAUGAUAAAUAUUAAACUUGGAGAAUCCCCCCCCCCCCGACCAGUCCACAAAAAAUGGAGUAUACUGUUUUGCCUUUUAUUUUUUAAUAUACGCAGGAUCAUUUAAGAGUCAAAUCAUCCUUUGUUUUCCCUACAGAUUGAAAUUCUCAUGAAUGAGCUUAACAACAUCUGGAGAGAUGUUCAAAGAGGUCCUCCUGAUCCAUUCCUGGUAGCUGAUUUAUAGCAUUAAAAAUACAACCUCUCCUUUUUUAAUUUUACUGUGUUUGUUGUAAAAAAUGUUGACAGGCAUUGAGGGGCGUAAGGACCAUGCCUGUGUUUUUUUUAAAGGGAAUUUUAUAUCAAUAGUUUUUCAGUGGAUGAAAGUGCUUCAAAUUUAAUAUACCUAUAGUUAUUAUACCCAAUACUCCAUUAUUUUUCAACUUGUGCAAUAUUGGAAACUAUGUAAAAAAAAGUUACUCAAUUCUUGAUAUUCAACUGAUGCAUGUUCAUUUCGCUUCAUUUUAUUAGACAGGUCAGCAAAACAGAGAACUACAAAGGUACACGUACAUGGGUCAGGUUUAUGGUGUAUUAUGAUUGAAUACACUAUUAAAAUCUAUAUACAUGUAUUGGUAGCAGUCUUUAAAAGCCGACAAAUUGAAAUAGUUUUUCAUGAAGACAAGUGGUGGAUAUAUGCAAGCGCACUACUAGAUCAUUACUGUCUUUCCUCGAACAAUAGCUGUCCCUUGAUUAUUCACCUCGCUCAAAUAAUCGCCCCCUUUGACAGAAAUGUUUAAAAUAAUUGCCUCCUUAUUGGCCUCCCCUCCAGCCCUUUCGGUGAAGGAUAAGGCUGAAGCUGGAGUCUGAUCCAGCAAAACUGAUCAGUGGCAAUUUAAGCUCUGAUGCCAAGGAUAUAGGAAUUAAAAAAUAUUUAAUCAAGGGACCAAAUUUGGAACACUUGAAAAGCCCAUGUUCCAUUUAUUUGAGGUGAUUAUUUUUUAUACAGUUUAACGGGAUAAUGACACAAAAUAUUUAGGGCACAACUUCCAUUGAGCAUUAUUUGAAAUAAUUGCCUCCGUCGAAUAUUCACCUUCCUUAAAAUAACCAACCCCUUUUGGUGGCAAAAAAUAGUCAAGGAAUACAGUAUUUGGAAAAAAAUGGGUAACUCAUUUCCUUAAGCUGCAUAAUAUAAUAGAAGAAUUUGUAUAGGACUGGAGGAAAAGCUCGUGGUAUGCAGUCACGGUUCAGUGAUUUUCCAUACAAAUGCUUGUUAAUAUUGAUAUUUAAAAUCUCUCUCUUGUGCAUUACUUGCCUUAAAUGUUUGCUAUGAUUAAGAUUUUGAGUUUCUCUGAAUUGUCACUAAUAAUAAGCCAAUCCCUUUCUGAGAAAGGUCGACUUUGUUUAAGGUGGAAUCAAAGCUCUCUUAAAUUCACUAUUAAUUUUAUAUUUUUUCAGACGUUUGACAAUUGAGAUUGUUGUAAUCACUCAGGGACUUUUUGCAAAGUACUUGGACAAAGCUAACAGUAAGUUGUAUAUUGAUACAAAAAGUAGCAAUAGUACCCAUCAUUUCAUCAUAACAGCUCUAACUGCAGUCUGGUUAGGUUUUAGCACCCUAAGUGGUAACAGAGCCACAAAAUAAUUGCAACCCCUAAAAGGUACUACAGUGAGCACCCCUGUCAUCCUUGUGGAAUGUACUUCCUGGGCAGUGGACAUAGUCCAUGGACUUAGUCCCUGUAAUUUAAAAAUUGUGUCUUAUUGAUUUUGUUUCUAGAACUGAACCAAAGAGGAGUGUUUAGUGGCCCUGCAAACCUGAGUCGCCUAAAAACUCAGCUAGCACUGGAAGCGAGUAAAACGUAAGCCACUGUGACAUCAAUUAAAAAAACUGCAUAACAUUUUGUUUUUUAUUUGUAUUUAUUUACUACAUUGCUUAGUGGAGGUGGAUGUCCAGGAUGUCCAGGGGCUUCCACUUUUGGCAAAGCCAGCCCCUAGACAGAGUUACGCCCCCAUGGCUUUCAACCCCCCCUGCAACCAUGAUUUCCCCCUCCAACAGAACCAGGCACCUGUCACUGAAAAAAGGGGAGGUGGGAUGAAAUUAACUUUUUAAUACGGGCGCCAUCUGACGAUCAAGUAUAAAUUUUUGGUAGCCAGAGGGCAAAUUGUGGUCGCCAAAGAUUUCCCCUCCCUAUUUUUCAAAUAAAAAUUUAAACACGAAUAAAAAAUGCAUGGUAUGGACGUUUUUAUGCUCAAAAAUUGCACUACUUUCGCUCCCGAUACCAGAAAGCAACCAUACAUGUACGAUUGAAGUCUUAUUUUUUCCACAAAUUACUUUUUGGAGAUAUAAAGCUGUCUGACCUAGAACGUAGGAACAGAAAGCUGUCUGCCCAUAACUGCACUGAUCAUAUCAAAACUCUAUUUUCUUCCGAUAACUACCACGAAACAUUAUCACUGUGACACUACCAGGCCACAACUGUGCCACAUUACUCGUACCAGUCCACAAAGUACAUAAUGUACUUACCGUAUUCAGCUGAAAACAACAUAGCCGCUUGGAAACGUUCAACUCGUGUUGAUCAUAGCUGUUUUGGAGGUAUUAUUCUGAUUAUUACAGGAAGAUUCGUUUCACUUUUACUUAAAAAAUAUCACCAGGACAAAAAGUAAGACAUCUGUUGGCAAAUAGCUUCGAGGUUUCAAUUCGUAAUCAGUUUCUCCGAACCUUAAAGUCCACAAUAAUAACUAACUUUACAAGUCGCUAGCUGGCGACCAACUAUUAAAUUCUGGUCACCUCACCAGGACUAAAUUUUUAGUUGCAUUGGCGACCAGGAAGGCGCAAUUUCGGACCCUGUCCAAAGGUUAAACAAAGAGUGGCCCCUAUGCACAUGGAGAUGAUGCAAGCAAGGUUGACUGCGCUUGAGCCACCACACUGAACGCUGACCGACACCUGCGCUCCUAGUUGUUAACUGUGUUAAAUUUCCUUUAACUACAUGUUAACUUGAUACUAUUGUGCUUAAUUGUAUUGCAUUUAAUUUUCAGUCUGAAUGUACUGAGCAUCAAACGUAAUCUUGCUGCUGACAUGAAACACCCUUUAGAUACAAGCACGGUUUCCAGCAAGUUUUCUUUUAGCCGAGCUUUGCGUACUCCUCCCCCAAAGCACUACAGACCGCUUGUGGUAAGUACAGAAUUGCCAUUCAACUGAAACAUGAAUUAAAGGUAACGAUUUUCAAGUUUAUUCAAGUAUUUCAUUUUCAUUCAAGUCAUGUUCAGUCAAGUUUAUAAACAACAGGCAAUCAUGGCGAUAAUACAAAAUUGUACAAACAAAAUAUUUAUCCUUAACUACUUCGUGAUUGAUCCAACUUGUCUUAUUUUUCUUUCAUUUCUGAAGAAUUCAGGACAUGAAUUGCCUUGAGCAGAUUAUCCGCCUUAAAUUUCUUUGCAUUCUCCCUAAAACUGGACAAAGAAAUUGUUUACAUUUUAUGUUGUAGAUGAGGCAGGAUGAAGACAAGAAAAACAAAGUGCAUCUUUCAAGAGAAGAGAAGCGACAACUAUUGAUUGAUCGUGAGUUAAGUGAUGUAAGUUUGAUGUGUCCAUGGUGAUAAACAUAUACUUGUACAUGGAAAAAAUAUUCUUCCACUAGAGUUCGAGCACUGUAUAUUUGUUUGUUUGUUUUUACUGUUUUUGCAGCUUCAGAAAAAAAUGCCUCAGGUAGAUUACAGCUCUUACCAUACUAUUGUUCCACAUCAUCUCCAGCUUCCAAAGAAAUCUGCAUCAGGUAAUUCUCUCCCUGUGAUGUGAAUUUCCUCCCCUCCACCUUUCCUACACACACAUACAUGCAUGAACCUUUUAAAAGGCCAGAGGCUACUAUGGUAAUUACCAUAGUACUACGAUCUGUUUUCUAAUGUUGAGACCUUAUGAUUGAUGUAGUAGUCUCUGUUCUUACUUAUAUAAGAGACUGCCACAUAGGUUAACAUGGGUAACUGUGACCUCUCUGCUGCUUUACCCUACAUUGUGGUCGUAAUAAUAGCUGUAUCUUAAUGCAGUGAAACACACAUUAACAAUCUUUUUUUGUUGCUUUUCUUAGAUUCUGGAUCUGUUGUAGAAGAUGAUUUAUCACAGCAAAGGUAUGUGAUCCACGGAGAAACUUGAUGUGACUCAUUUGAAAAUAAUAAUAAUAUUGGGAAAUAAAACCAGAAUCACCAACAAGUGCAAAGACAAGGGCAAAGGCUCAUCUGCACCUUUUUCUCUCGAUCUGUUCAUUCCUCAAAUGAUAUUCUUGGUAUGGUUCUAAUUUUUAAAGUUUUUCUUGUUGAAAAAAAUAGAGUGUAAAAGUUUGGUCAGUUUUAUCACGUUUAAAAACACUCUUUCAUAAUUCAUUGAGUUUUCUUAGCAUGGAAUAAGUAACUAGGCAAAAGCCUUAAUUACUAAAGAAAAGGCCAGAAAUCUGUUAGUUAAUGGUCUUGCGUGUCGUGUUCAUACAGUAUCUUCUAUCAACUCCACAUGUGGGGAUAUUCCAUUGCACCUUAAGUUUUUUCUGCCCUAAGUGUCUUUAACCUUAUGCUGGCAAUAAAGGUUUAGUUAUUGGUACACUUUGCUGUACUUGAGUCAUACUCAUUUAACCGACAUUCCUUAAUACAAGCAUCUAGACAGCCAAGAGCAAUUCUUUGUAUCUCAGGAACACUAGGAACCUGUGGAGAUGGAUUGCAGUUACACCAAUAACGACUAUGUUAAACCGAGCCAGACGAAACUGCACUGUAAGGUAGAAAUAGGAAGUUAGCGUAGUGAAACAGUUUGUAGAUGAGCCACUUUGCACCAUUGAAAAGAAAGUAAUACUGCAGAGUCUUCAGACCACCCGGUGAGCAAGCUCUCCAGGGGCUCCCGGUAGGGGUUGGAAGACUACCCUGUGAGCAAGCUCUCCAGGGGCUCCCGGUGGGGGUGGGAAGACUACCCUGUGAGCAAGCUCUCCAGGGGCUCCCGGUGGGGGUGGGAAGACUACCCUGUGAGCAAGCUCUCCAGGGGCUCCAGGGGGGGUGGGAAGACUACCAUGUGAGCAAGCUGUCCAGGGGCUCCCGGUGGGAGUGGGAAGACUACCCAGUGAGCAAGCUCUCCAGGGGCUCCCGGUGGGGGUGGGAAGACUACCCUGUGAGCAAGCUCUCCAGGGGCUCCGAGUAGGGGUAGGGAGCUGAGGGCUUGCUUGCAGGCUAGCACUAGACGGACUGAUCAGAGAAUAUGUUCACAGCCCCAUGACAUGACUUAUUAUUGCUUUGUCCUUAACAUGCAGUUUGCCAGUAACACUUUUCAAAGCAAAAAAUUCAAGAGGUGGGCUGAUAGAGUCCAUAAAGUUUACGUGGUACAGGUGUACAUCAUUGAAUGAUAAUAUAGAAGGAACAUAUGACAAUAAAAGUUACACUUCGUUACAGAACCAACAUCAAGAGUACAAAGGCCCAACAUCGUAGUUACACUGUAUUUGCACUCGUUUUUGCAUUUACCCGUUUUGUCCAUUGUUACUAAGACAAUUUUUUAUUGUUUUUUUCAGAAAUGGUGAUGAGGGAAUAUUUCGCUCAAUUCAGCAAGUAGGUUACCUUGGUUAUAUCAAUUACUCCUCUUUCUCCUCCUUAACUGGGUGGUACUAUAUAAUUGAUUUAUCUGGUGGGUACAAUCUACACUACACAGGGUCACAAUCAGUUUUGUUUUAAGCGUUUUAUACCACUGUUAACAAUGUUUUCCAUGUUAGCGUACCUCAUAUUGCCUGCGUCGCAGACGCUCUAAACCUAACCUGAGAUCAGGCGUAAUUUUUUUUUUUUAGCUUACAGAGAUAAAGGGAGAGGGCAUGAUCGCAGGCUACUCUAAACCUUUCAAAUGGUUUAGACGAGUGCGUGGGCCGGCUGUAAUGCAGGCUAGCCUCAUAUGGUACCUGCAUAUUAAUCCAAUCCAAAUUAACCGUGAAAACGUUUUAGGCACAUAGUACGUGAUAAAAUGAAAUCUUAUUCAACUGAUUGGUUAUUGUUGACUUGUUCGAUGAAGAAACAAAAACAAGACUUUGUCCUUAUAUUAUGGAGCUCUGUUGAUACGCCUCUGAAGUUUAGGCUUUCAUUUCGUGUAUUUUUCUACUUAUUGGAUAUGAGUUUUGGUGUCAUAUCUUCCUUUUCUCUCUGGGAUUAAUUUUGGACUGGAGUGUGUUUGUAUGGUAUUUCUUUUUAGUGCUUUAAGUUGUAUACCUCUCCUCCUCAUUCCAUCUCAUUCUUCAGAUCCCCGUCCCAAGGACCGUCUUGUGUUUCACAUUUUCUCCAAGAGUAUCACGAUGGAAACACAUGGAAGUCUUCUCUCUCAUUCUUUUGAAGUAAACUUUACAUCAUUUGCACCUCUAUCUUUAUCUUUCGUCUUUGUUUCUGUGGUACUCUUUUAACGUAAUUCAUUUCUUAAUUCUUCUUUUGUCGCCAUUCUUUAAUCUGCUCUUGUAUUUUGUUUUAUUUAUAGCAUGCGCACACUUUAUCGACGGCCGAAUAAAAAAAUUUCCUUUUUAACUUGCCUGCCAUGAUUGAUUUUCUGGUAUUAUUAAAUAUGUCCGCUUCGUUGUUGACAGUCUUUGAGUUUGUCGAAUUUUUUCUUCUCAUGUUUAGCUGCUUGCCUUCGUAUCCCGCGAGCAUUUUAUCAAAAUAACUGUCACUUUAAGUAGUCUUAUUAAUAACUACAGGCCUAAGGGAGCGUUUUUCUCUCUGUUUAAGAAAUAUGCGUCGUUACCAGAGCUGUUUUCAAGAGAUGCUGUCUUUGAAGAGCUUGGUAUUUUACCAGAGGAAAUGCAAGGUAAUCGACAGAUAGUGAAUGUACUUGUACUUUGUAUAUACAUGUAAAACUUUCCGCCCACAUGAAAGAUGGUGAAGACGUAUUAUGAUCAUUUUAUUAUUAUUUUCUCUCAGAUUAUAUUAUGAGGAGGAGUCAAAGCGAAACUAAACUCAUGGUUUGUAUUCAAAAUAGCGUUUCGUAAAAAAUAGCUUAUAACACUUGCAUUGGCUUGACAAGUUUGACAAUAAGGGAAACGUCGCUUGAUCUUCUGUCGCAAGUUUUUAACAAUUAUCUGGUCAGGCUUCGAACAGGUAAACCUGUCCGAAAACUUCAGUUCGACAGAAAUAUUCAGCAACCUAAAGAGGAUGUAGCACCCUAAGAUUAAUUGCUAUUAACGUCGGUUUCUCCAUUUGGAUUCUGUUCUGGAAUCUCUUUUUACAGUCGAAACUCUCGUAAGCAUCUACCUCGGAAAUUCGAAAGAGUGGUCGUAACUGGAGCUUAAUCGCUUACGAAAAUGUGCUGUCGCAAGCGACCGCAUGGUAAAACAAUAGGGGGUGGUCGCUUACGAGAGCUUCAGAAACUCAGUCGUUUAAAAUUCAUAAAGAAAAAACAAAAGAAUUUAAUGUUUAUGAGUGUCUUUAUAUUUAAUAUAGACACGGCUAACUUUACGUCUAAUUUUUUAGACUAUUAGCGCAGUGUGUAGUUUCAUUACUGUGUUGAUUUAUAUGAACAAGACUCUGAGAGAUCGCUUACCAGAGCUAAAAACAAAGGAAAAGUCCAGUUGGGUAAUCCCAAAAGUGGCCGCGGUUCAUGGCUUUAUACGGGAGUGAUCGCUUACUAGAGCUUUUCAUUACAAAGUUUAAGCCACGGUUCAAACGGGGUUUCACAGGUAUUGUAUCUUGAGCUGGUCGCUUACGAGAGUGGUCGCUUGAACUGUAUUUACUUUUAAUACUGUGAUCGUUUUGCCAUUUAUUUUGCUUUUUAGGAAGAAAAGAAGUUUCAGGAACGUGAUGUUGAGAGGACAAGUGUUACAAAGUGAGUUGAAAAAAAGGAUGAACCUUAGCCUGCGAGCAAGCUCUCCUAUUUGGGCGAGUGGCCCCCUCGCUCGCGCGUUCUCGCAAGGCUCACUUCGCUUACCCAAAUAGGAGAGCUUGCUCGCAGGCUAGUUGAACCUUUACGAACCGCCACAUCUUUGCAGUGGCUCCUUGUUUCCCCCGGUAGAUAAAUUCACUCGGGUUAUAACCUUUUCUAAAACGGCCUCGUCUCUCCUCAAAGUGCAUUUUGGAGAUGUUCAUCUCGCAUCCUCCGGCUGAUACAUCUGACGAUUGUCAGAUGUUUUUGAUCGGUAAAGAGCUUUUUCUUGCAUUUAAGCAUUAACUAGUUUUCAGCUCAACGGGAUCUUUGUAAACGCUUUCAACCUAAAAAGUAAGCAAUGUACGUUUUCUAGGCCAGGUACGGCAGACCGCGCCUCUCAAGAUCUGAUGAAGCUUCUUUCCCCUUCAAAACCCAAGGUAAGUGGCCAAAUAAUGAACACACUGUGUACAUUUGACAUAGUUUACGCUAGCAUGUAGCAUUGCGCGAUAUUCACUCACACAUAAAAUUGCUUUGGUUACAAUGGCCCGCUAAAAUUUCGUGAGCAAGGGUUCUCUAUGGCUCAAAAGUAUAUCUUAGGCCUAAAACGCCUGAGCUAACGGAAUAAGCGGUGCGGUUUGCUAGCGAUAUUCGCGUCAUCAUCUCUGUUUUACCAUGACAUUUUACCUCUUAGAAUAAUGAUUUUAAUGUGCGUUAAAAGCGACGAUAAUUGUACCAGGAUAAUUUACAGCUGUCUUUGACUGGAUGAUGGUCAUGAAUUUUCGAAGUUUUCAUGUGACCUCUCUUAAUUCAUCUCAUGUUUGUCUGGAUUCACGGGGGGAAUUGAAAUGAAGAAUCAACGAAACCAAUCUUUCUUUCUUUCAGGAAAGACUUCAAGGCGAGGAAGAUCUUGAUGAUCUUCCGCCCUUGCUACAGGUAAGAAUAAGCUCACAUCACUAAUUAUCGAUGUCUAGUAAAUAGGCGAUUGAUCGCUUAACUUGUCAAUCAUCAAUUUUUAACGAACGAUCGGUCAUACCUCAAGGGUCAUAGGACAAUCAAGUCAAGAGAAAAGUGACCAUAAAAGCAUGACCAAUUUACAUCUUCUUGGCACAGGCACUUGCGCGCCACAGUUCCACUAACAAACCACGGGAUAUAAGAAAACAAAGGCGACUUCAAACUGAAGCUGGAUCUAAAGAUGAGGAAGAUGACGCGGCUAGUGUCACGUCCAGCAUAAGAUCAACAGAAGCGUCCUCAGUUGCCAAUGAUCCUACUGUAAUGGAUGAGAAGUAAGGCUUAAUUGAAUUCAUGCUUAAUUAUUUUUCCCCGUUGAGGUUCUUUUCCAGGUUAAUGAAACAAAUACCAUAAAUUCUCUAUUAAGCCUUGGGGUAUUUAUUUCAAGCACGUUUUAAGGGGAGGGGGUGGGGUGCUUUAUAGAGGAGGGUUUAUUUGAGACAAGGGUGAGGCUUUUUCAACUGAAGAUGAUAGUAUUAUCUCCCCGUAAAGAACUAGAAUGCGAAGUGCAAAAGCUCGGGCACAUUAAGUUGGAGGUCAUAUCGCCGAAGAUCAAAAACAAAUCUGAACGUCCAGCUCAUGACUGCACUGGAAUCAGUCCACAUGAAGUGUUACUGUCGUGAUUAAUGAAUUUAAUAAAUCAAUAAAUCUGUCAUUUUACAUUAACGGGGUAGGGGAGGGGAUGCGCGAGGGUAUCGGUAUUUCUAAUUAAGAGAAAUAAGUUUGAAUUCCUUAUUGACAACAGUUAAAUUAGUUGGCAAUUUUCAUACGUGGCGAUAGGGGUGCAGGCACGUAUUUCUAAAUACAUAUUAAAAGUGACAUUCACAAAAUACUUGGUUGCUUAAUAAGUAAUAUAUCAAACAUGAGACGCAGUGUUUCAUCACCAGAUGAAACACCGAAAAGAGAGUUGAAAAUACGACGCGCAGCGGAGUAUUUUUGACGAACUUCGAGGUGUUUCAUCUGGUGAUGAAACACUGUGUCGAAUGUUUGAUAUUUCUUCUCAAACAAAAUCAUUUUUGAAGGAGAAAUUAAGGAUGCAAAUACUAAGCAGUGUUUCAUCCGAUUUCCAAACACUCAUUAAACAUUAAUUUCCUUUGUAUUUUCUUUAUGAAUUAUUAAUGAGUUUGAGAAGCAAAUGUCUAAAACACUACAUCAAUUGUAAACCAAGAUGCUUCAUAGUUAGAAAGUUGCUUACCAGUGUAAUCACUAAGAAACAGUCAACUGUUAUUGCUUUAUAGCUUAUCAUUACAUCUGCUUCUCUUUCUUUACAUUCCAGUAUAACAGAAUUUACCGGUGAAGAGGUACGUAUUCUCCAUUUUCCAUAUGAAUAAUGCAAACUGUAAUAACCUCCUUAUCGUAACUGUAGUCCGAUGAAACAAUGAAAGGUUUAAACCCAGGAGUCAUUUCAUGAGUAGGUUGCAUGAUUAUGAUCGUCCUGGCGCGCGUAUUCCUGAAUGGGACUGUUGUUGACAGUGUCUGACGUUUUGACGACCUGUGCGGACAAUAGUCAUCUUCAGAGUCCAAUUGGUUCAGUUUACCAUAAGUCAUUUGAUGUAGUCUUAAGGCCAGAACCUCGAUUAAUCAUACGUCUGUAACAGCAGUGAAACUCCGGAUCACAAUACGUUUCUGGGAAACUGUCCACCUACCCCUCCCCUAAGCCAACAUUUUGCUAAACGUGUAAUGGAAACUUCAUCAAUGUGUUGAUUCUCAAAGGAACAACAAGAAGCUGUAAAAGGUUUGCCAGGAGGAGCUUGGAAAAUUUUGAGCUGUUCACGAUGCUCAAAUCGUGAUAACUAAUUAGUCUUAUUCUUGUUCUUUUAUUUUAUUUGUUGAAAGACAAAACCUUGAUGCAUUCUUGUAACCUCGGCGCCGAAUUAUUUUUCCACAGCAUCCUCAGCCUACUGUAGUAUCAUUGCGGCUUCCAGAUAAGGUAAGACUUAACUACAACUGGUGUCAGUUGACAGCACUGAAAACACUGUCAAAAGCUGUUUUAGUGAAAAGCAGUUUUAAACCGAUUUUUGUAGAGUAAGAAAAAUGGCACGGAGGCAGAGUGUGAUGUAAACCCGCGGUGGUUACUGCCACAAUUAUUUGGUUGAAAAUGGCAAUAAUAUGAAGUCUGUAGCUUUUUAUAGAAAGAAGACUCAGUUACAGAGCUAAAUUUUCGUUUUUUGCGUUUUGAUGUCUUUAAAAUGAAGUUUUUGUGCUCGGCCAGGAAAAAUCUGCAUGGCUUGUCCAGCACGCUUUUUGAGUUUAGUCUUGUCUUUUACAGACUGUAGUCAGAGCCUCUGAUGUUCGUGUGUCCAAUAGAGUCAACAAGGAGUCAGUGACAUUGAAAAGAUAUCCAACAGUUUACAACGACCUGACAGGAGAGGUACGUAAUAUGUCGUAGUGUUUUAUGGCAUUUCAAACACCAAAAAGGGAAACUGAAGUUACGAUGCGUAGCAGAUAAUUUUUCUUGAUUAAGGCCUGAAGUCUUCUCACCACUGUAGGUUAUUUGAGGCCAAAAAUAAUAAUUUUGUGUUGGUGAUGUGUGUUUCACCUUGAUUUAGAUCGAUGCGCCCAUGGUCAAGUGGCUGGACAGAAACCUUUUCAUAGGCGAAGAAAUCAAAGAAGUUUAUGAAGAAAUAAUCAAGACCAUAGGAACAGACCAUCUUCUUUUUGAUCAAGUGAGUUGACAGAGAAAUCUCGGUUCCCCUUGCGAGGAUUUAACGUGAAUGCCAGCUGUAACUUGCAUUACUUCGGCUAUGCCCUGUGCACGUUCCUUGCGUUUUAAUGCACGGGUAUCCAUACAGUUCUUAUUUGGCGAAAAGUUAAGCCCCUUUUUGUCGCUCUUUCAUCGUAGGAUACGUACGUGGAAAGGCACGCCAGUACGGCCGAGGUUAGUUUAUGUACAUCAUCUUCCUCACUGGACAAACCUCGUGCGGAACGCCUUAUAAAUAAACACUUGAAAAAAGAAAUUCCACCGCCAUGGGGAAACAGCACCGCCGACAACUGGAGAAACAGGUACAAUUUCAACUAACUUCACUUAUGUUGCGUUUGCUUGACAAGGAUUUGGUAGGUCGCAUUCUACAUGAAAAAAUAGUACCACAGGAAAUUUCUGCUCAGUAGCUUACAUAUAAAUAGCCGGGGUUAGGUUGAAUCCACCGAAUCAAGAGUUUAGAAUUAACUUGUGCCAUAUAACAAACGUACUACAGGGACGAUUCCACGUGACUAAACCAAGUGAGGGGACCUGGGGACGAGGAUGCACAGGGAAGGGUUGCGCAGAUUACUGCGCAGUGGCUUAAACUGACUUGACUGACUUGGUAAUUUAUUCACCAACUCAAACGUCUGUAUGUGUUACCUGCAUGUGCGCAGCGAUAUUAAUACUACCAAAGAGAGAGAAAUACUGAUUAUAAUGAUUUUAUGUUGCAGUCCAAAGUUUGGCGGUCUUGGAAGAGAAGACAUACUGCAGGUCAGCAAACGUACUAGUCAGCAUUUCAUUGCGUGACGCCCUAAUAAAUGCCUUGCCAACCAAAGCAGUGAACGUACGCAAUAGGACGGGAGAGGGAAGAAGAGGCAAAAUUGUGUGACAAGCGUGACGAUAGUUUUGUUUGAAAAAACUUUCCGCGAACCUUCACCCUCCUUUAAACCCAUCUUUUUUUACAAAAGACCAGAAAAUAUAAAUGUUACGAGAAGAUCACUACAAAACACGCAAGUAAUCGCCCUGUCAUGUUUGUCACACACAAAAGGGUUUUGCCGUCCUGGGUCAUUUAUAAUGUGAGGGUCUGUUUCCACAGGCAAAACUGAAAAAGGGUGAUGACAACGGUCAUGGUAAUAAAUCGUACAACUCCUGGCUGGCCUGGUGGCGCAGUACUAUCACUACAGAUGACUUCCUCAAGUUCCUUUCCACUCAGGUACGAUCACUCCCCAACCCAGUCCUCCCCCCAAGGGUUUUUCGCUUAGAAAAUGAGGAAAAGCCCCUGUGGUUGAGGUUGGUCACUCUCCUAAGAAAUGCUUAUUACCUCAAGCACCACUACAAUAUUUUGUACGGUUUUACCAAGGCGUUUUUUCUUUGUUUGUGUUUGAGUUUUUACACUUUGUAAUCAAUCAUUUUUAGUCUGAACCAACCAUGAUCAAUGAUGAUGAUCACUGGCGACUUUGCUGUCUCGACUACUUUACAUGUAUUGUGUAUAAAAUAAACGUUUUGUCGAUCAAAAUGCCAUGUGUUUUGCAGGAAAAUGACUAUAUGUCGCUGCUAUUUCAUUUAUACGACUCUGAUAACGAGGAUGAUGGCGAGGGGGAUGGGAACGAGGAUCGUCCAGACACUCUUCAAAUGGCUUUGAUAAGGUACAGGCUGACCAAAAAAUUCAUGAACUAGCUGCAUCCUCAGUAGCAGUCUAAAUAAGUGGCCGAACUUGAGUACUGAAUUGUGAGCCUUUUCCUCAUCCCAGUCCUCAACGGGGCUUUUCUUGCGUAGGGCGGCUGGGUCAAUGAGACGAUUGACACUUCUAUCUACCUUCAUAUGCAAUUUGAAUGUAUCCAGCCUAGCCUGGGGUCGUGGUUGGAAUGUAUUUCAUCUGUUAAUUCACUUUGCCUCUUUUUUUCGUCUUAUGAGAAAGACUGGAAUGGAAGUUUUGUCGUUUAUUCCGAUUUCAGUGAAAGAGAGAGAAAGCGAGCUGAACUGAAAUCGUUAAAAUCUGAGUAUAAACCAGGUGUAUGGAAUGUGAACAGUGUUCUCCUGGGAGGACUUGGAAAUGAACCUGAUGUUAAUGGUAAAUAUUUUCCCUUUGUUAGUUCUUAAAAGCAUCAGAACACUCCAUACAAUAGAAAGCUGGUACCGAACUCAAGAAGAAAAAAGACUGUCAGUCAUAAGAGACCUUUCUUCUUCUCCCGCGCGCGCGUGACCUACGACUCGCGCGAUGUCCAAACAGAGGUCUUUUCCUAACUAAAGGCUAUAUUUGUUAGCGGGGGUGGGGAGAGGAGGAUGCACUUUUCUCCUCUUGUCUGUCUUCACCCUGGUGGUGUAUGCAGGCCACAGCAUAAAAUACUGAAGAGGGUAACCCAGCGACAGCCAUUACAUCUAGGGAGCGAAUAUCAUGUUCCCGCGGCUUGACUCGUUCGUGAUAACAAGUGAAAGCUCUAAGAAUUGAAGCAAUAUUCCUAGUUUUUUUACAUGUAUCACAGUGUGUCACUGACAAGGAUGGUUAAUCUGGGGCAGUGUGUUCUAUUGCCUGUGCCAUACUGAAUGCCACUGUGUCUUUCUAAGCAAGGUAUCAGCCCCCUUUUCAAACAUGUCUGUUUUAUGUGUGAAUACUUUUCGUUUUAAAGACCUGUUACCAUUGAUAAUACUUGUCUAGUAUGUAUUUGGACUUUUUAGAUGAAGAACUCAUGGCCAACCUUGAGGACACGUAUCUUCCUGUGCCGAGCACAGUCACACCAAGUAAACAGCCAACUGUAAUGGUCGGCUCGCCACUGGUUCGCUCAGCUAGUAGUGUCCAGUCGUUGGGAUCAAACACGACUGGAAAUUCAGACCAGCAUAAACUGGAGGCUACACUGAGAGUGAAUUCUGUUGGUUUUAUGACUCAAGCUUCCACCACUGCCAGAGGAGAAAGCGCUAGUACAAGCGAGGCAAGUGUUAAGAUAAACUUACAAUUCUUAUGAGCCUCUCGGCUUCCCUCUCAGCGAGCUCAAGUAAUGGUUUACCGUUUUGUAUUGUGGUAGGCUGGUUCAUUGUCGCCUCAAGAGCGCUUGGAGAGAAUAUGGAUGCUACUUUGUAUGCCAGAUGCUCAAAGAUUGGACAUGGCAAUAAAAUAUAGUGCAGAACCAUAUAGUACGCGUCUGAUAGAGGUAAGGAAAGGCUUUGUUUGGAUUGUCAAGAGACAAUCAUUCUCUCUUGCUUUCACUUAGGAAAAGCUCGGGACACUACUCAUUCUUCAGGCACGGGUUAACGACUGGUCUUACUGUUUCAGUCUCUUGCCUCCUGGGAAGUAGCCACGGAGGUCAUACUGGAGCGCGAGAGUUUAAUGACCAAGCUUGAGGACUUCGAAAGAGCUGCGUCAGAUCCUAACAGGUUUUUCGUCAAAGGUAAGAAUAUGCGUUCAAUCUCAAACAGGAAACUGGCAAUUUCCUUGAAAUUUGUUGAAGCUGGUGGUUUAAUUAUGUUACUUGAGUAAUGUCAAUUGUCUACACUAGGUGCUAUCGGCUCAUCGGCUGAAAGAAUCCGCGAGUCCAAGACAAGAGAUUCGUUUAACAAGGUAAGCAAUAAUAGCCUUGGCAUUAUGGCCUAGCUAUUAUGGGUAAAUUGUGUCGCCUCUAAUUUUAACGUUGAGUUUACUUGUAUCCCGAGUUAAAGUUUGCAAUUACAGUUACCGUAUUUAUUCGAUUAACCGCCCUGGGCGCUUAUUAAAUUUUUGGACCCUGAGAGUGGGCACUUAUUCGAGGUGGGCGCUUAUUAGAGGCUGGGCGCUUAUUAAAUUUUCACAAUUUCAAAAAGUGUAGUAUGUUUAUUUUGCAACAAAACAAUAAAUGGUAAUAACAAAACUCGAAGGUGUAACAAAGCAAGCUUUCUGUAAAAUACUCUGAAGAAAACUCCGUCUUCGGGAAAGUCUCUUAUUAGUACUUAUUCAAUUUUUUUCGGUUCGGAGGUGAAAGAGGGUGGGCGCUUAUUCGAGGCUGGGCGCUUAUUAACUUUUUCUGCCUUUAGGACGGGCGCUUAUUCGAGGUGGGCGCUAAUUCGAGGUUGGGCGCUUAUUCGAAUAAAUACGGUAGGACUAUAGGACAGUUGUUACAAGAACUGGUAUCGCGUCAUGUCGGUGGCAAAUAAUAUGAAUGUGUUUUUUGGUCUUGUUUCAGCGCCUGUCACAAAUUGAUAGUAACGUCAGAAGGGCGGUCACAGAUGUUCAGAGCCAGUUUGGAGACAUCGUCACAUUCCAGGUAUGCUGGUUAUGGUAUGAUGAUAGCGGAGCGAAUGUCGUUAAGUGCAAGAAUGAACUAAAGGCUGUUUUAAGGGAAAUUUCUUGUCAUUCGUUUUCUAAAUUAUAAGCAAGUGAACGAACCAAAAUGUCAGUCAGUUGAAAUUCGUGACCCUUUUUUCGUUCGACAGGGUCGUCCAUACUUGGAGAAAAUGAGCCUGGAUCGAACCGAGAUGUUUUAUUGGUUACAACAGGAACGGCGGCAACAGGUUAUGGAUAAAGAGCUUGUAAAGAUGAGAGAAGUUACUCUCAACUCGCCGGAUCUGCCCCCAAUCCCAGCACAUACAAUACUGUAAAUAAAAUGUUUAUUUAAAAUAAUAGAGUGUUUGUAUAUAAUAAAAUGCUAUGGAAA